UGCUCCUGGGGCUGAGCUCCGAUGGCAGCCAUGGGGCCGCGUGGGCCCCAGGCCUGGUUGUUGAGCCUUCCAACGGCAGUGGUCUAUGGCUCCCUGGCCCUCUUCAUCUCUGUCCUGCACAAUGUGUUUCUGCUCUACUACGUGGACACCUUUGUCUCGGUGUACAAAAUCAACAAAGUGGCCUUUUGGGUCGGAGAGACGGUGUUUCUCCUCUGGAACAGCCUCAACGACCCUCUCUUCGGCUGGCUGAGUGACCGCCAGUUCCUCAGCUCACAGCCCCGGUCUGGCGCUGGGCUCUCUUCGAGGGCCGUGGUGCUGACACGGGUGCGGGCACUGGGCUGGCAUGGGCCCCUGCUGGCACUGUCGUUCCUGGCGUUCUGGGUGCCCUGGGCCCCAGCUGGCCUGCAGUUCUUGCUGUGCCUGUGCCUCUAUGAUGGCUUCCUGACGCUCGUGGACCUGCACCAUCAUGCCUUGCUGGCUGACCUGGCCCUCUCAGCCCACGACCGCACCCACCUCAACUUCUACUGCUCCCUCUUCAGUGCGGCUGGCUCCCUCUCUGUCUUUGCCUCCUAUGCCUUCUGGAACAAGGAGGACUUCUCUUCUUUCCGCGCCUUCUGUGUGGCACUGGCCGCUGGCUCUGGGCUGGGCUUUGUGGGGGCCACCCGGCUGCUGAGGCGGCGGGUUGAGGCGGCCGGCAGGGAGCCAGGGGGCCCGGCCACGGCUGUGGAUGGUAGCCUGUGUGGAGAGGAGCUGCUUGUGGGCCGCGAGGAGGCGGGCAGCAUCACCCUGGGCCAGUAUCUCCGGCAGCUGGCACGCCACCGGAACUUCCUGUGGUUCGUGGGCAUGGACCUGGUGCAGGUCUUCCACUGCCACUUCAACAGCAACUUCUUCCCCCUCUUCCUGGAGCAUCUGUUGUCAGACCACAUCUCCCUCUCCACGGGCUCCUUCCUGUUGGGCAUCUCCUAUGUUGCUCCCCACCUCAACAACCUCUACUUCCUGUCCCUGUGCCGGCGCUGGGGUGUCUACGCUGUGGUGUGGGGCCUUUUCCUGCUCAAGUUGGGCCUGAGCCUGCUGAUGCUGUUGGCUGGCCCAGACCACCCCAGCCUGCUCUGCCUCUUCAUUGCCAGCAACCGUGUCUUCACUGAGGGCACCUGUAAACUGUUGACCUUGGUGGUCACUGACCUGGUGGAUGAGGACCUGGUGCUGAACCACCGCAAGCAGGCAGCCUCGGCGCUCCUCUUUGGCAUGGUUGCCCUGGUGACCAAGCCAGGCCAGACCUUUGCCCCGCUGCUGGGCACCUGGCUGCUGUGCUUCUACACAGGUCAUGAUCUCUUCCAGCAGCCCCCGCUCACUCCUGUGGGGAGUGCCCAGCCCUGGCCAGAGCCCCCGGCCCCACCCCCAGUGCAGGCCCCCACGCUCCGCCAGGGCUGCUUCUACCUGCUGGUGCUUGUGCCCAUCACCUGCGCUCUGCUGCAGUUGUUCACCUGGUCCCAGUUCACGCUGCACGGGAGACGCCUGCACAUGGUCAAAGCCCAGCGCCAGAGCCUGACCCAGGCCCACACCAUGGACAUUAAAACAGUGUGAGCAGUGUGGCCAGGUCGUUCUGCUGUGGACACUCACUGCCCACAUCCUGGGAGGGAGCCACGUUUGCCCAUCUGUGUCUACUCCUCUGCCUUUUUUGGUUGUAGCCUGGAGAACAGAGGGCAGAAUGGGUGCUCUGGGGGCCAAGCCAGGAGUGCCACGGGGUCUAAGAUUCUGCCUCUGUGUCCAUCGUAGCAUGGGCAAGGGCUAGAAUGUCUGUGCUCAGGGAUCUGCCUCCUCCUGUGGGGCAGGAGAAUGAAGAGGACCAAGGAGGGGCAGGCUGGCCAGCAGCAAAGCCUGUCCCGUAACCACGGGGGCGGUGCUCUGAGGGGCCUCAGUGGCCACUGUCACUACAACUGCUCCCUCCCACCAGGGGAAGCAGACUAGAAGUGCCGGCACCUCCCUUCUGGUGGUUUCCUUCAGAAGUCUCUGCUUCAGCCGUGCCUGGAGCCUCUGUCAGUGUUAAGUGCCCCCCACCCCAGCCCACCUGGCUCUAGAGGUUCAUCUCAUCAGGCUGUUUGAAGUCAGUCAUUCUGUUCCCGUUACUGAGGUCUGUGCUGCGUGGGGAACUGGAGUGCUGGAGAUCAGGGUCCCUCACCUAGUAGGAAAAGCACCCUGAGCGUUUUUUCCAAAGGUGAUCGGGGGUUACCGCAUUGGCUCAAUGAGGAAGCAGGGAGAAUGUGCAGGUAGCUCUUGGGGAUUGGGAGCAAGCUGGCUUUCAGGCUGGCACCGCGCUACCCUGGACAUGGGCAGGGGAGGGCACUCCUCUAGGCCGGAGGGCCUCAGCCUGAGACUUCAGGGAACUUUACAAAUGUUGAAGCCUGAGUUUUGUUUCUCUGCAUGCUGACUCCAUGGGUUUGGAGUGUAGCUUGGGCACUGGGGUUUUGGAUAGCUCUGGUAAUUUUUCCUGUAGUUGAGACUGAGAAUCUUGGCUCUAGAACAUUUGGGGGCCAGGCAUCCCUGGCCCCACCCACUUUGCCAGCAGCACUCCCCAGCCAUCCCCAGGCAAACGUCUCCAGGCAAACGUCUCCAGACAAGAGAGCACUGUAUCUGGGAGGGCAAAACUGACCUGAGAGGGAACCGCUGCUGUGGGUCUUGGCUUUUUGAGGGUCUGCUCAGUGGUUGAGAACUUUAGCUCUAAGGCUCUACAGCCUGGGUUCAAUCCUAGCUAAUAAAGGGCAGAAUUUUAGGAAACACCUAAUCUGCAUUGUUUUGUCUUCUGUAAAAUGAAUAAUAAAGACAAUUUGCAGGGUCA